GUAAAAUUAUUAAAAUAUAUGUGGGAAUAUGCAGUUGUUGGAACUUGCUUUUUGAUACUAAUCGUCAUCAAAUUUUAUUUAUUUAAAGUAGAUGAUGACUCUAUUAAUAUAGGUUUCCUAUGAUAAGAAAAUGAAAUAUUACAGUGAUCCUGAUGAAAUGGCGAUUGAAUUUUCUUCAAAUAUGCAAAAAUAGAAUUCAAUUGAGUAAAUUACAUAAACCCUAAAUAAUAUUCACUUAUUAGCUUAGAGGAAUGUGUAAAUUAUAGUUGAUUAAUGUAAUUGUAUCGGCACAACAAAUAGUUUAAUUGGGUUAGACUGAUAAUACUUUGACAACAAUCUCAGAGAGAUUACGAAAUACAACAAUCAUAAUAGCACUUUUGAAACUUAAAUUUCCAAAAGACAAGCAGUAAAAACUCAAACUUCUAGGAUAAACACUCUACGAAGUAAGUUUUAUCUCUAAUUAGAAUUUUACUAUCUUCAAGAAGUUGAUCUAAUGGUGUGAAUAACACGAAGAAAAAUAAAAAAAUUAAAAAGGAAAGAAGCACACUUAAUUGGAUAUUCAUCUAAUUAAUACGAUAAGAGCAUAUUCAGAGUAUAUUAACAAUGAACUUGGAAGUUACUUUAAACCAAAAUGAG